UUACUUUUGUGAUAUCCCUAAUUUUAAGGGAGCGGGCAGGGGAGAUGUACAGUGACGCUUGAGCUAAAGAUUCCCAAUUUAGCUCGGGCUCUUUGUGACAUUUUUCUCUUCUUUCUUGUACUUCUCCCUCAUCUCCUUCUCCGGACAACCGAACGCAGCUGUAGGGAUUCUUCUCUCGUUCUCUAGAUAUAACUGGGUUUCUUCCAACUCUUUUCAGGUCUUCCUUCCCGUCUCCCCCUCUUUCUCCCAUACCCGGAGCAACGUUUGGUGGGUACUGAACGCAGCUUUUUUCUUCCUAUUUGCAAAGGUUUUGGGCCAAAUCCAGCCCGGAACGAGUAAGCCACUAAGAAGAUUGCAACUGAGAAAACUUUUAUGGCAAAUGAAAUUGUUCAUGGACGAAUGCAGUGUUGAUGGAUUGGGUUCCUGUUGGGUCAGGGUGUGGAUCUGUGCUACAGAAAGGGACUGAAACCUCCUACAUCAUGAGCCUCUCUUCAUUAAAAUUUGACUCAAACCCUAUCUCAAUUCCCCAAAAGAGCUUCAAUGGUGCAAGGGUCACAGGUGAGAGGUCUGUUCUGCAACUUCCCAUUGCUUCUAGGACCUUUCGGCAGGUUGUGAUAUGCUCUGCCAAAGCUGUGACUCCUUCGUCCCCAUUGAGAGUGGUUGAGCGGACAGGAGAUGUAUCGGAACGAAUUGGAUCGCUUAGUCAGGUUUCGGGCGUUUUGGGUUCUCAAUGGGGUGAUGAAGGGAAGGGAAAGCUCGUUGACGUCUUGGCCGGGCAUUUCAAUAUUGUGGCUCGCUGUCAGGGUGGAGCAAAUGCAGGACACACCAUCUAUAAUUCUGAGGGUAAGAAAUUUUCCCUUCACCUUGUUCCCUCGGGAAUUCUCAACGAGGAAACCCUUUGUAUUAUUGGGAAUGGAGUUGUGGUGCAUCUACCAGGAUUUUUCAAGGAAAUCGACGGCCUUGAGUCUAGUGGUGUCUCUUGUAAGGGUAGGAUAUUGGUAUCGGAUCGUGCACACUUGUUAUUUGAUUUCCACCAAGAGAUAGAUGGGCUUACAGAACAAGAGCUUGGUAAUUCAUUUAUUGGGACGACCAAGAGAGGGAUUGGGCCUUGUUACUCAAGCAAGAUGAUUCGAAAUGGUAUAAGGGUAAGCGAUCUGAGGCACAUGGAUACUUUCCCGCAGAAGCUUGAUCUUUUAUUGUCAGAUGCUGUCCGAUUCCAAGGGUUUGAUUAUGGCCCCAACAUGCUCAGGGAAGAAGUGGACCGCUACAAGAGGUUUGCUGAGCGAUUGGAACCCUAUAUUACUGACACAGUCCAUUUUGUGAAUGAAUCCAUUUCACAGAAGAAGAAAAUACUGGUUGAAGGUGGUCAGGCAACCAUGUUGGAUAUUGACUUUGGAACAUACCCAUUUGUCACUUCCUCUAGCCCAUCAGCAGGUGGGAUAUGCACUGGGCUUGGCAUUGCACCAAGAGUCCUUGGUGAUCUUAUUGGAGUGGUAAAAGCCUACACUACAAGAGUUGGUUCUGGUCCUUUCCCAACUGAGAUCUUAGAUAUAGAUGGUGACCGCCUUAGGUUGAAGGGGAAAGAGUUUGGCACAACCACAAAUCGUCCUCGACGCUGUGGCUGGCUUGAUGUAGUCGCUUUGAAGUAUUGCUGUCAGAUUAAUGGUUUCUCCUCUCUCAAUCUCACCAAGCUUGAUGUACUAACAGAUGUUAAAGAAAUUAAGUUGGGGGUUGGCUACAGAUCAGCUGAUGGCACACCAAUCAAGUCAUUCCCUUCAGAUCUAAAUGUUCUUGAGCAAUUAACAGUUGAUUAUGAAGUCGUACCUGGGUGGCAAGAUGAUAUCUCUAAAGUUAAAAAAUAUGCUGACCUUCCACUUGCUGCCCGCCAAUAUGUGGAAAGGAUAGAAGAUCUUCUUGGUGUGCCAAUUCAUUACAUUGGGGUUGGACCUGGCCGUGAUGAUCUCAUCUUUAAGUGAUUCUUCAGCUUCCAUGCAAACGACCAUGGUCAUCUUGUCGCAGGAAGUAGAUGACUUGAUGUCCAGAAACUUCUCUCUCAUCAGAGUUUUAUUUUACAUAAUCUUUCUGGGGUUAUAGGUACAAUCCUGUCAACUGCCAAAAACAAAAGUGACAUACAUGCAAAUUACAUGGCUGGAAUGAGGAUGAGCUUGGUGGAGUUCAUUGCUGCUGCUUUGAUGGACUAACCCUACCGAAUAAGGAUCUUCACCCUUUCGUGUGGUGGGCAUUGAAUCUUUAGAAGUUCAAAUAUUAUAUGGAUAGGUAAGCGAAAUUGGGCAUCUACCAUUGGACCAUCAUGUGUUUAAAUAUUAGAGAAGUGUUUUUGGUUAUAAAGAGGCAACAAAGGAUGGUUUAUAAUGAAAUUUUACUAAACCUAUGGUAGAAGUUUUUGAUUAAGAUCUGAAUGUGUUUAUCAGA